AUGUGGCUCUUAGUGGCAGCCUUCCUAGCUUGUUUUGCUUCCAGUGCAAAUGGCCAAAGCCAAACAAUGCAUGAGAUGUCAUUUGACGAUGGAAAUUUUAACGUAUCGUGGACACACAACAGAAGUACGGAAGAGUUAGAGUUUGAAGUUCAUGCCAAUGCAAUAGGUUAUGUUGCCUUUGGGUUCACCUUUACGCCAGAAGACAUGCAGAACUAUUCUAUUGUGGUGGGAGGCACAAAUGGCUCCGGACAGAAUUAUUUCAACGUAAGUUUGUUUUGUUUUUUUUUCAUUCUGUAAGAUGUGCAUGCAAGAUUUAUCCCCAGAUUAGUGACCCCUAGAGAGCUCGUUAGUGAGACAGGCGGUGUGUACUACAGAUUUAUUGUAGUACAUAGCACUGCCACAUACUGCUUGGAUCAGUUGUGUCGAUCCUUUUUUUCCUUAAGUGUUUGACAAGCUUAGUAUCAGGCACAGAGGGUCAAACUCCUGAUCAUUAAUUUCUUUUCCGGGAGAGAGAUCCGACUAAAAUAGGGACCGUAAGCAAACCAAGACAGCGACUGCAAACAGUUGAUCUAACGGGCUGAACAAUAACUCAGCUUGUUCGUUUUAAAACUUUUUACAUUUCUUAGCCGUCCUCUGCAAAACAACAACGUGAAAUCACCAAAACUUUCGAGAUCUGAGAAGGAAAUUCUGACGGCGCAUCAUGUGCGUCUCCAUCUGGAACUCAACGCUGAUUAUAAACAUUACGCUGAAGUUUAGGUGUGGCACCGAUAAAGACAGUAAACACAUCCAGCCGUUCGCAAAAUUCUAACUAAAAAUGCAAACUAAUUUUUAGUCAACAUCAAGUUCCUGAGCAUUGCCAUCCUGAUCGCUUAAGGCCCCUUUUAAUUUCCCUUGCUCUAAACAUGUGUUCGUUGGUUGUAGCAGUUACGCUGAUGAAGUUCGAGCCGAGUCGAAGCUCAGCUGAAUUCCGUUUACAGGCUUUAUCCUCUGCAAUAUUGCUCUAUUGAAGUUUUACGUAUAUGAUCAAUUCGUAACAAAAUCCAGUGUCUCCUGUUCCAAUUUAGAAUUUUUUUUAACCAAUACUAACUCAAAUUCGCGGUGGAAAACAUCUGGGACAACACCCGUUUCUCACAAAAAAUUUGUUUUUCAAUCCAGACGGUCUUUUUGAGUUCUGUUGGUUUUGUGCAACCAGCGUUAGCUUCAAAAUAUUUACUUAUGACAUGAAUAGGUUAAAAUUCAUGGUCCUGUUUCAAACGCUUAUCAAAGUAUAGUAACUAUGGAGUGAAGCGAUUGUAAUGCUUUAUUUGAAAUUCAAAUUUGCUUUGUAUUGCAGUCAGGUUCGUCAUGGUUGUUAAUUGAAAUUAGUUUCGGAAACCGGCAAUUUUUUUUUAAAACUUAGUCAGGUGUAAAUCUUAAUCGCUCGGAAAAACCCGGAGACGAAUAAUCUCAUUUGAUUCUUUUUUUGAAUCAUACCUGCGCCUCUCGCUCUGGUAUUCUCGCAUUCAAGCCUGCAAUCAGCACUUCAGCAGAUAUUGUCCACGAGACGAUUUAGAUCACGGAAAAAUUGUGUAUGUGAAGUAUUUUCAGACCAUCAAAACAUUAGUUGUAUUGUCUUGAAAUUUUCAGAAUAUAUCAUUUGGACUCUCCACGCAACUAUAAAGGGGUAACUACCAGCAUUUUUAUCAUAUUAAUGUUUAUAUUAACUUUCUGUGAGAAGAAUUUAAAAAGUUUUCACUCACAACCUCUAGAGUUACCACACCAGUGGCCUCGGGAAACUUACCCUGGAUGCGGACCCGCAAAUUUACAUACUGGACAGUGCUGAAGAACAAAAUGGCACUACAACCCUACGCUUCCGACGACCGCUGGAGACAAACGACAGUAAAGACAUCCAGUUUAACGUAAGCAUCUCAGCUUAAGUUGUAAUUCAAAUAGAGCGAUUUUCGAUUGCGUGUCGAAGAACCAAACGCUAAUUAGACUGAGUACCAGGCCUUCCAUGGGAAGGGGGAGUGGGUCUGAGCGUCCUAUCAUUGAGCAGAUGCAUGACGAAGCAGAACUAAUUUUUUUCGAAGCUCUAUUUCUUGUAGUGAAUUAAGUGCAACUCAGAAUUUGGUAGAGGGAAUCUGCGCUCUAUGAGUAUCUUUCUCAUUUAACCAUCCAUGGAAUAACCCUUCAAAAUUGAAUAAUCUGCAAAGUAAUGUGAUGUUAGUUUGUGAGGUGUCCUGCGAAUCGGAAGAAUAUGAUAUUUUGGUUCGUUUUUCUGCGCGUCGCAAAAUUAUUUUUAACUUGAGGAAACCACAAAAUAUUGGUUUGGUUAAAUAGAAAAACGUGAAUAGGUGGUUAUUUACAAAGAAAAAACAACGAUGGAUAAGCAUGGAGGAGAUUUCAUCAAAUUGACGACAAAAAACUCGGAAAAUCUACGUUAGCUUUUACAAAAGGCAAAAUCAGUCCGUAACAUGGUUCUUUCCAAACGUCUUAUUUCUACGUUGCAGGAGACCACUCGUGUGUUCCUUGUGUGGGCUUAUCAUAAAUAUUCGGAUGCAGAUAAUGUCGUUACAUAUCACACAAACAGAAAUUACACAGAACAAGCCAUGCAAGUUGUCUUCCCGCCCAUAGAAAUGACGUCAACACCUCCGGCCGUCAUGACUAGGGAACGGCCAAACCCGGAAUCCUCCGCAGUUCAAAUGGUUGUCAGUGCUUUCACGCUCUUUGUCCUAGCAAUUUCAGCACUUAUGUUUUGAAGUAGCUCUGGGUCAUUAAAAAAAAAAAAAUUAUAAAAUAAAAGAAGCUAUGGCAGUUCAACAGGCACCUGCCCGCCCAAGAAGGGCAAUCUCACUGCUUUUUGCAACAAAUUAGAGAAGCAAAAUUAGUCUCAUUCAAAUGCAUUCUGUGCUCAUUUCGCCAAUUGGUAAAGAUCGCUUCACGUUUUUUUUUCAGGAAUUCUGAUUGCCUUCUCCUUCUCCUUUUUCUUUUUAAGCCAAUAUAUUAUUUUCGUGUUAGAAGUUUUGGAUGAUAUAGAUUGGUCUAAAUAGUAAGACCAAUUUGGUUUCCAUGGCAGACUUGAAAUAUAGGCAUGCCUUGUUUUGGUUCUUUUCUAAGAAACAAAAGAAGGAAAACUUCCCAUCAAACAUUUUUGAUGUGUUACUGACCUAUCAAAUAAGUUGAGAACCACCAAAAAUUUCAACGAGUCAAGGUCAUGCCUUGUCCAGUUAACCUGCAUAUUCUCCAUACUAUUCCUUAUACAUUUCCUAAGGUGCUCACAAUGAGAAUCUGUGUAACAAUCAAGAGAUUCUUUAGUUGGUGAUCAUUUCCCUUUUUCUCUUGACCUAACAGUGUAAUUCAUGGGUAAUAUUUCCAGGAGAAUUUAGAUGGUGUCACUCUUAAGGGUCAAAGGUUAACCACUCCACAAAACGUUACGAACGGAAUAAAAUUCAUCAAGUUCAGCCUUUUGCUCUCAUUACUUAAGUUGUAUAGGUCCCUUCAUAGGAUGUUACAUUUCUACAGUGACAACUUUAAGACACAAGUCUUGCUAGUCCUAUACAGAGGUUUUAAUAUCUUUAGUAACAUUACUCAAGGGCUGGUUAGCACAAGAAAUGCAUAUUGCAGCAGAAAGAAAUAAGAUCAGUUGAUUUCAAUGUACCAAAUAAGCACAGACAUACAAGUUGCCUACCAAAAGAAAUCCUUGGGAGUAUUAAUAAGAAUCCCUGACAGAGAAUUACAGUUAUGUGAUACGUAUUUUGUGAAAUUUUGGAUUUUCUAUCAAAAUAAGUUACUUUACAAGAUUAGAGAUUUUGAUGCUGGUUUUCACUAAUGAUGGAGUUACAGUUGUUGUAACUCUCAUUGGGUAGAGAACGCUUCUUCGAUCUUGUAUCACUCAAAGUGAUCAGAGUUCUGGUGGAAAGCACUUAGAUCACUUGUAAUGAAGUGAAGAGUAAAUUUUUGAAGUUGUAAAUGAAAGCCACUGACUGAACCAAUCAUUAGCAGUCAUCAACAUUUAACCCUUAAACUCCCAAGGAUCUGAUUGUUAAUUCUCCCCUCUAGCUGCUACACAUUUCUGUGUGUAAUAGCUGCAAGAAUUUAGUGUUAGAUCAAGAUAACAACUUUAACCUGAUAAGUUUGAGCAUUCUUAUUACCUGCUUGUUGGUUAAUGUAUGGAUAUUAUAGGGAUAAGUCACAUGUUAAUCACUUAGAACUGGGAGUUAAAGGGUUAAAGCAUUAUGAUUGGUGCAUUGGGGUAUUUUUUGACUUCUUAUAACCCAACAAUUCAGGUUUCAUUGGAUUCUUACAAACAGACACUUUGCACUCAACACUGUAAAGCUUUGCACUACUGAUUACAUUUACAACUCAAGAUUAAAUAAAAGCCUAC